CCCCCCUCCCUCUCUCUCUCUCUCUCUCUCUCUCUCUCUCUCUCUCUCUCUCUCUCUCUCUCUGGCUGUAGAAUGAAGAGCUCCAGAAGGAAUCAUGAGGAAGGUCUCCUACGUGAGAUCACUAACCCUCUCCAGAACUCCAAAUCCAUGGAAGCAGGACCCCUGUCCAGCGUCGGGAAGGCGAUAACCAAGAAUCCGAGCAAACAGAGCAAGAAUUCCCCGAUAACCAAGAAUCCGGGCAAAAAAAGCAAGAAUUCCCAUAAAUCUGGCAGGGAAAAUGUUCCACCAUCGGAUUUGAAUGUACCUCCCAGUGCGGCCGUAUUGCCUUCUCCCAUGGAAACUAUCCAGGAAUGCGAUCCGAGAAACAAACCUGCGAUUUCGGCUACACCGGACGUUCAGGUCGCGGUCCGGAUUCGGCCGUUAAAUGACCACGAGGAAUCAGGUGGUCGAGCUGUGAGAAAAGUUUCUUCAGAUUCACUUUGUAUUGGUGACAAAACCCUCGUAUUUGACUCUGUUUUUGACUCGGAUGCGACCCAGGAAGAUGUUUUCCGUCAAGUUGGUGCUCCGCUGGUGAAAAACAGCUUGGCUGGGUUCAACACGACUUUGCUGCUUUAUGGGCAGACAGGGAGCGGGAAGACAUACACCAUAUGGGGUCCACAGUCUGCAAUUAUUUGCGACAGCGUUGUCAAUAAUCUCCAUCGUGGCAUUGCUCCCCGUUUCUUUGAGAUGCUCUUUUCGGAGAUUCAGAAGGAGAAGGAAAAUUGUGGGGAUAAACAACUGAGUUAUCAAUGCCGCUGUUCAUUUCUUGAGGUUUACAAUGAACAGAUUACUGAUCUGCUGGAUCCAACUAAGAGAAACCUACAGUUCAAGGAAGAUGUGAAAAAUGGAGUCUACGUUGAGAACCUUACUGAAGAUUCUGUCAUGAACAUGGAUGAUGUAAACAAUAUUUUGAUCAAGGGGCUUUCAAAUAGGAGAGUUGGUGCAACAAGUAUGAAUUCCAAGAGCUCACGUUCUCACAUAAUUCUCACCUGUUUGAUCGAGUCGUGGUGUAAGGAAACAACAUCAACAUGGUUUAGUAGUUCAAAGUGCAGCAGGAUAUGCUUCAUUGAUCUUGCUGGAUCAGAAAAGCAAAAACUUGUUGAUGCCGGUCACCAAUUUAUGAUGGAAUACAAAAAUGUGAAGCAGUCUCUUUCAUACCUUGGGAAUGUGGUCAAAAUUGUUGCUGAUGGGUCUCAAUCAGGAAAUUCACAACAUAUCCCAUAUAGAUGUUCUUCUUUGACAUAUUUAUUGCGGGAUUCAAUUGGUGGAAAUACAAAGCUUACAGUCUUAUGCACUAUUUCUCCAGCACAAAGAUACUGUGCUGAUACAUCCAGCACCUUGCGUUUUGGGAAACGAGCUAGAGCCAUACAUAACAAGGCUACUGUUAAUGAAAUUACUGAGGAUGAUGUCAGUAAUUUGAGUGAUCAGAUCCGUCAAUUAAAAGAAGAGCUGAUAAGGGUGAAGUCCAGUACAAACAGCUAUGAUGGCAAUAGUUGCAAAAAUCUCAGAGCAUGGAACACCCGCGAAAGCUUGAAUAGGUUGAGAUUGAGUCUUAACCACUCAAUCAUGCUAUCUCAGAUAGAUGCUUUCCAGGAUGAAGAAGAAGCUCCCGAACGGAAUCUUCCCGAAGAGAAUCUAGCUGAAAUUUUCAACCAUUUGCAAAAGUUGUGCUCUUCCUCUGAAGAAAAUUUAUAUGACACGGUUUCUUCCUCUGAUCAAACUGGAAAUAGGUUUUUUCCCUCCAAAGAUAGCUUUGCUGAUGGUAUGAAACUGAAGAGCAUGAUGGAUAGUGAUACAGAUCUUAGGAAGCUCAAAGUUCAGCAAUCAUGUCCGGCCCAAAGUUGCCCAAACCAAACAAUAAAUGAUUACAUACAUGAAGGAAAUGACUGUUCUAACAAGGAUUUGAGCUAUAACAUUGAGGAGUCUGUUGAAAAUGCUGGGGUUCCUGAUCCUUUUAUUACUCAAAAGGAAGAUAUCACAAAAACUGUAGAAAAGUUGGCACCUCACAAAGCCUUUGAUAUUUGUGGAUCCAGUACUACGCUUCAGGUCAGUCCAUGCACACCAUCCAACAUCCUUCAGGGACCAACUGAAUCUACUUCUCCGAGAAUCACAGAUCAUAAACAGAAGGGCUUGAGUAGCCAAAGUCUUUUAAGCCAUAAUUAUUGCUCAACUGAGACUGCUUCUCCUAGGCCAAAGGUUCCAAAAGUGCAUGAAUCGCAUUCCAAGCAAGAAACUUGUGGCCUUAGUGCAUCCAGUCGGUCAAGCAAAAAGGUAUUGUCUUCAACUGAACAUCUGGCUGCCAGUCUCCAACGUGGUAUGGAAAUAUUUGAUAAUCAUCGACAAGAUUCUAGUACGAGGAAACCAUCAUCCUUUUCCUUCGUGGAUUUGAGCCAGAAACCCUUUGAAGAAACAAAUAGAGUUAAUGCGGAGGUGCAAACAUCCUCAAACUCAACCAGGACUCCCAUUUUGUUCAUGUGCAUGGCUUGCAAGAAGGUGAACAAGGUGAUGUUGGAGCCACAAAAAUGUGUUGACUUUGAGAAUGGGUCCAGUUCAGAGGUCACCAUAAACUCAUGUGAAAUGGAAGCAUCAGAAAGCCAGGUAAUAGGACCUUUAGCAAAUGUCUUGGACAAGGAAAAUCUUCUGGCAGAUGCCUCAUCAGACCAAGCUGCUAUAAACAAACAGCUGAAUCUCUUGGUCCAGCAGUAUCAACAAGAGUGUGCACAAAAUUUACAACUCAUCAAUAGUCAGAAGGAUGAAAUUGUACGCCUUGAGGGUCUCCUAAAUGCUAAUCUAAUAUCUAAUGAAGUAUCUGAAGCUAGAAGAUGUUAUCCACUGGCAGAAUAUGAAUGCCAGAACUUAAAUGGCAAUCAUAAUGGCAAUGAUCAGCUGGUGAGAAAAGCAAACAGUGACCUAGAAAAACUGAAAAUGGAGUUUGAUUCCAAAUAUAUAGCUUCUUGUGGUUUGACAGAGAAGGAAGCUCUUCUUUGGGAGAUAGAAGAUUUGAGGAAUCAGUUGCAAUCAUACAUGGAGGGUAGAAAAACUUCUCAGAAAGAGACCCCUUCAUUGUUUCAAUCAGCUCACUUGAGAAAAAGCAUUUGUGUGGAACCAACAACUGAUGCAUCUUCAACAAAAGAUGACACCUUUGAGCUUGAAAGGCAGAGGUGGAUGGAAGCCGAAAGUCAAUGGAUUUUGUUGACUGAAGGUUUGAGGGUUGAUAUGGAAAGCAGCAGGAGUCUUGCAGAAAGAAAAGAGCUAGAACUCAACCUAGAAAAGAAAUGUUCAAACGAGUUGAAUGAUGCAUUGCAAAGGGCAAUUCAAGGACAUGCCAGAAUUAUUGAACAGUAUGCUGAUCUCCAAGACAACUAUAUAACAUUGCUUUCACGUCAUAGAAAAAUUAUGGAGGGUAUAGAAGAGAUGAAGCGUGUAGCUUCCAAAGCUGGUAAAAGAGGUGCUGGAUCAAUUCUUGCUGAAUCCCUUGCUGCAGAACUGUCAGUUCUGAGAUUCGAGAAGGAUAGAGAAAAAGACCAUCUUAAAAAGGAAAAUAGGAGGCUGAACAUUCAGCUCAAGGAUACUGCAGAAGCUGUACAAGCAGCUGGAGAACUUCUUGUCAGACUAAAACAUGCAGAAGCGGCUGCCAUUAAUGCAGAGGAGAGAUGCGAAAAUUUUAAAGAAGAAGUUGAACAUAUGAAGCACAAAAUGGAAAAACUGGAGAAAAAACAUGUGAAAGAGCUCGAUCUACUCAAAGCCCAUCUUGCGAAUAGCCGUCUUCCAGAGUCGGCUUUGGAGCCUCUUUUCCAGCAGCAGGCAGAUAGUAGUUCAAUUUUGCAUGGCCAACAUGAGGGAUGGGGACAAGAUUUUGCUCCAUAUUACCAUGAGAGAGGUGGAAUAUUUUCUAGUACUAGUAACCAAAUGCUUUCACAAAGCAAUACCCGGAACACAAUUUGGGAGAAAUGGAAUGAGAGUGCAGCAUAAUCUUGAAAUUGCUGCUUGAGUUUGGCCUACUUAUCAGCUGAUUAGGUGACAAAUUUAUCACCUCGUUAUGUAUUUGUCUUGGCAGUUUGGCUUAUCAAUAUGUAAAAUGUGUAUUGCACACUUAUUUGAAAAUGCAUUUAUUGGAAUUGGCAUGCUCUUGGGUUUUCAAA